ACAACUGCGCUGUGCUUCGCAUACAUUAUAAAACAUAAAGUAGAAGGGCUUUUGGAAAGUGUAAUGCACUUUUCAAUAAACAAAAUAUGAGUACAUUGGUGGCAGAUAAAAUUAAAAAUCAUCUAGGUCGAUAUUUAAUCACACCAAAUGAUACACGUUGGAAUGCUUUGUAUGACUCUUUGAGUUUUAUUAUAAGCCACUUUGAUGAAGUAGAGAAUAUUUGUACUGAUAUUCAGUUGCCUUGCCUAAGUAAACCACAAGAAACAGAUUUUUUGACUGAAUAUUGCAAAGUUAUGAAACCUAUUGCAAAAGCUUUAGAUAUACUGCAAGGAGAAAAAUAUAUUUCUAUUGGUUAUCUUCUCCCUACAUUAACAGCUGUAAAAAAAUCAUUAAAUCAACUUAUAUUGCAUGGAAACCUAAAAUAUUGCAAGCCAUUAGUUGAAGUGCUGAUCAGUGGAUUAAAAAAACGGUUUGAUACAAAUUUUGAAUCUUCAGACAUGAAAUUAGCUGCUACUUUAGAACCAAAGUUUAAGUGGAAUUGGGCUGAAGUAGAAAUGGUCAAUGAGUUGAAAGAAUGUUUAAAAGCAAGAUUGUCUGAGCUAAUUGCAGAAAAUACUGAAUGUAUUAUGAAUGAUAAAACCAAUGAAGUCACAUAUGAUGAUUUUUUACAUUUCGAUGCUUUAGAAAAUCCAGAAACAGAUAAACUUCAAAAUUUAUUUAAUGAAUAUUCAAACUCUUCUCCUAAACUACCAUUAAACACAUUUUCUGAAGAAAUACAAAAAUUAUAUAUUAAGUAUAAUACAAGUAUUCCCUCUAGUGCUCACGUCGAGAGACUUUUUAGUGCAGGAGGCCAAUUGUUCGAUGAAAGGCGUGGAUCUAUGUCCGAUGAUACUUUUGAAAUGUCACUUCUGUUAAAAUUUAACAAAUAUUUUGAAUAAAAUAUACUAGCAUAUAGUCAUAUAAAUUAUAUUAUGUAUUAUUAUUAAAUAUUAA